UUCUUUUAUCUUAUCCUAAAUCUCAUUGAAGUUCAUUUUGAAUAGAAGUACAUAUUUCUGAGUAUUUUACAAGUACCUAGAUCAAAGAUAUGGCCGACGACAUUGAUGUGGAAGCUAUGCUUGAAGCACCGUUCCGAAAAGAUGGAGAGAAUGGUGACGCUGUAGAUCGUGACAGGAAAAAAAAAGAAUCCAGUAGGAAGAGGGAUCGGGAUCGUAAACAUGAAAGAAGCAGGUCGCACAAACGUAGCAGAUCAAGGAAAAGAAGUCGAGAUCGAAAACACAGAUCUAGAUCAAGAGACAGGAGUAGGGAAAGGAGAGAACGUAGGCGUUCGAGAGAAAGAAGAAGUCGUUCACAGGAAAAGCGACGACGUUCUCGCUCACGUGAACGUAAGCGUUCCAGGAGCCCAAAAAGGGAGCCAGUCCUUCCACCAUCUCUGAUAGAAACUAAUGACACUCCUAAGGAAAGAUCACCAAGUCCUGGGGAUCGAGAUGCUCGAACUGUAUUUUGUAUGCAGUUGUCUCAAAGAAUACGUCCAAGAGACUUGGAAGAAUUCUUCUCAUCUGUUGGUGUUGUUCGGGAUGUGAAAUUGAUAGCAGAUAAACAUUCAAAACGGUCAAAAGGUAUUGCUUAUGUGGAGUUCAAGGAUCAUGAGUCUAUACCGUUGGCACUGGGACUCAGUGGGCAGAAAGUUCUGGGAGUACCUAUAAUUGUUCAACCUUCACAGUCUGAGAAGAACAAAGUCGUUCAGGCUACAACUCAGGCCACUGUACAGAAGGGGAAUGUUGGUCCUAUGAAAUUGUAUGUAGGGUCACUCCAUCAGAAUAUCACAGAAGACAUGUUGAAAGGCAUUUUCUCGCCAUUUGGCAAGAUCGAUCAAGUUCAACUUGUGAAAGACCCAGACACUGGCAUAUCUAGAGGUUAUGGCUUUAUAACUUUUAUGGAAGCAGAUUGUGCCAAACGGGCUCUUGAGCAAUUAAAUGGAUUCGAAAUUGCUGGCAAACCAAUGAAGGUGGCGAACGUGACAGAUAAAGCUGAUCAACAAGCCGCAAUGGCACUUGCAGCUGGGCAGGGUGGACCUUCAUUUCUGGACAAUGAUGCUAUUGAACGUACUGGCAUAGAUCUUGGAACAACUGGGAGAUUACAACUAAUGGCCAAACUUGCAGAAGGGACAGGUUUGCAUGUACCCUCCAUUACCCAGCAGGCACUUUCAAUGGGUCAAGCUAUGGGACUCGGCUUGCGGGGAUCCGUAAAUGUUGGCACAGAUGGGGUGGAUGCAGCUCCUGCUGCACCUCCAAUUGCAACUACUUGUUUUCAGCUGUCCAAUAUGUUUGAUCCAAAGACUGAAACUGACCCUGAUUGGGAUUCAGAAAUUCGCUCUGAUGUUAUUGAAGAAUGUGGCAAGCAUGGCAAUGUUUUGCAUGUGUAUGUUGAUAAAAAUUCUGACGGAAAUGUAUAUGUUAAGUGUGGAACACUGGAUUCCGCUGCAAAAUCCGUUGCAGCGUUGCAUGGAAGAUAUUUUGCAGGAAAGAUGAUCACUGCCGCCUAUGUCCCCCUGGUUAAUUACCAUGCUCUUUUUCCAGAUUCUGCAACUACAAACACUUCACUUGUACCGAAGACUUGAAGACGUUGAUGCUGAUUGUAUCUACAUCGUAAACUGACCAAUAUACUGUUUAGAUUUUAGUAUUUUAGAAUAUUUUUUUCUGCUUUUGCAGGAUGAAUUCUUUUCAAUGGCAAGAUUUGAUGGUCAUUUUGUUCUUCUUAUCAAGUCUCAAAAGACUACAAAGUUUGAGAAUGUCUUCCCACUAACGUACGGACAAACUAAAUCUCAUUAGGUAAUUUUUGUUGUUGACAUGUCUGCAAAAUCCAGUGAUGACACACAAGAGCAAAUUGAUCGUUCCUUUCUUCGUGAAAGAUAUCUUAAAUCACUUCUAUUCAUGACAGGUACUGUUGUCAGAUAAAAUUGGGAAAGUUUCAAAAAUAUGCAUUCAAUUUUCAUGGUAAAUAUACUGAAGAGUAAUCCUAAGCUAAGGCUGGAUAAUAUAAGCACAUUUUUAAACCUUUAUUUCCACCAAUGUUUUGGCCCUGGUGAACAUCGUUUUGUUAUGGAGAUUUCUAAUUUGAUGUUUAUUUAAUUUUUUCUGAUUUUUUUACUCAUUAAUUGUGCUUGUACAUAUUUUGCCAUAGAUAAAAAAGUAACGUUCCAGCUUUCCCAGAGUACGAACGUGGAAGGAGUUUUCAAAGCGUGUGACUACA